AGCUUCCGUGCGGUUCGCACCGUAAAUCCAACACUUAGAAUUUCUUGUCGAUCGACUUUUUACAAAAACUAAAAACUGCAACCUUGCAGAUGAUCAAUGUUGGAAGGAUGGUAUUGUCGUUCAAUCGCAAACAACAAUGCAGAUGCAGAAGACGAUGACGAGGACAGCCCUGAAGAAGAAGUGCCUAAUUACAAGGAUCAAUAUCGGAAUCUAAAGAGGAAGUUAAAAUUUCUAAUUUAUGAAAAUGAAUGUUUCCAAGAAGCUUUACGAUCUACGCAAAGAAAGCUGCUUAAAGUGAAUAGGGACAAAAGUUUUUUAUUGGAUCGUUUAUUGCAAUAUGAAAAAGUGGAUGCUUCAUUCAGUGAAAGUGAUGAAACGGAGUCGUCCGACGAAGAAGUCACUCGUUUCGAUACUUCAAAAAGGAAAAAGAUAGAGAUGGCUAUCAGUAAUCAUACUCCACACCACAUACCAACAGUAAAACCUUUCAACACCAGUAAAAAGAAAAAACCUACUGCAAAAGUGACAAAAUUGAACAGUACACCUAUAGUACAAUCGUCUAAUAAUAUAGUACCAAUGUCUUUAAUGUCGGAUGGUCAUAUGACGCCUGAGGAAGUAGAAAGACAUCUAGAGUCUCGUCAGACUUACUUGGAGCUUGUACCGGAAAAAGCACCACCUACAGUCCCAACAGAGAUGUUCAGCAAUGAUCCCUCCUUGGAUAGCGAGUCGAACGAAAUCGGUGAAUUAGAAACAUCUCCCAGCAAUAUGGGCGAAGAUUGUCUCAGCGUGGACAUGAUGGCUGAGUGACAAACCUUCGUUUAUAGCUUAGUAAUUAAUUACAAAUUACACGUGAUUACGUGUUACGUUAUUACUACCUUAUUCGGCUAACUUAUCUGUAUUCUUCGUAAC